GUCCCUUAUCUCCCAUUGAGAUGUCUACCUUGGAUCUUCCCGAUGGCUGCUUUCACUGUGCCACACUGUACACUGAACCUCGUCGCAAUAAAAAGGCCUCCAGCUUCCUCGUCGAACCUAGGAAAAAUGACGAAUAAUCGCUCGUAUACUGCGGCUGGUAGUUUAUCCUGCUUCCUAAACUUUUCGGUCCUAUCUUAGACGUACCUAUCGCGUUGCCUGCCUGGAUUAUGCCAUUAUCGUCCACAAUGGAGUAGCCAAGGGUCUACACCCCCUUUCCAGCGCUUUCCGGAUAAGAAGGAGCGUUUUUGCUAUCCGUAGUACGUACACCCGGAACCGACCAUGGCGCCGUCCGUGGACUCGACGCUUGACCACAAAGACGAUGUCGAGUCAAACGUCACCGUCGUUGCUUAUGGUCCCGAUGGAGAGCUCAGUCACAACAUCGAGGAUUAUUACAGGUUCGAUCCCAAGGUGGAGCGGAGGGUCGUUCGAAAACUCGAUACGAGACUUAUGCCGCUUAUCUUCUGCCUGUACGUCUUCAACGCCAUCGACAGGUCAAAUUUAGGCAUUGCAAAGACGGAUGGACGGGAGACCGACCUACACUUCCGUGAGAAUGACUAUUCAAUUAUGCCUUCAGUUUUCUACAUACCAUUCUGUACCCUCACCAUCCCGGCGAUCGCACUCUCAAAGAAAAUCGGGGCCAAAGUGGCGCUCCCACUCUAUAUGUUCACUUUUGGCGGAAUGUGUAUGAUAAACGCUACAGUCAAGAACUUUGCUGGCUGUCUGGUGGUGCGACUAUUGAUUGGUGCGGCAGAAGCCGGGUUUGCGGUGACCAUCAUCUGGUAUCUGACUACUUUCUACACGCGUGGUGAGCUUGGAAAGCGUGUCGCCGUGUUCUACUCAGCUUCUGCUUUCGCGGGCGGAUUCUCUGGGCUGAUUGCAUAUGGCGUGUUCCAACCGAAUAUCCGCCUUCAUGGCUGGCAGCUACUCUUCCUCGUCGAAGGCGCUGCAACGGUCUUCUUCUCGAUUUUGGCAAUAUUAUUGGACGAAUGGGAAAGAGCAAGUUGACGACAAAUCUGCUCACGGUUGCACCAAACUUUGCCGGUGGGUUCGCUGUGCUGCUCACUGCAGCCUCGUCGGAUUAUUUCCGAGAACGGUCGUUGC